ACUGUUGGAUCAAUGUUGGUUUAGAAAAUGUUAUCAAUGUUUGUUUGAACAGGUGCCGCCUUUUCAUGAUGUCUACAGCAGAGAGUUAUAUCCUACACUGAAGCUCAACGAGAUUGAAACCAGCAAACUCUUGGGUAGGCUGUGUGAGCAGAACCGAAUUCUGAAAGACCACGAGGCUGUUGUUCACAGGCUGAGAAUGGACAAGGACAGCCUAGAGGAGGCGCUGGUUGGGACACAUCAGGAGAUGGAGCUGUAUCAUAACCAGCCGUUGGCCAUGGAAAAGCUGCACUACAAAAAGGACACUUUGCAGAACCAACUGAUCAACAUCAGAGGGGAACUCUCUCAGGCCUCCAGUGCUUUAACCACCACUCGUAUGGAGUUUGAAGCAUUAGAGGAUGAGGCCAAUGCCAUUCAUGGAGAUCUUUGGGAGCAGCUGAACGCAGGAGGGCAGACCGAGCUGGUUCGUCGGCACAUCCAGAAAGAGUUUUGGAGAGUCCAGGAUGUGUUAGAGGGACUGCACAAGAAUAACUCAUCCAGAGGCACUGACACAGCCAAGCACAGAGUGGCCAGCGGUGCUUCAGGCUCCUUUAGCACCAAUAGUCCAGCCAGUCCCCUGAGCUCAGUAAGCAUCACCAGCCCACUCAGCCCCUUCUCCCCAGUGCCCGGCUCCCAGGCUUCCCCCACCAAACAGCUGGGUCCGGAGCUCAUCAGUGACAUGCAGGACCAGGACAGACAAUCCACUUUGAAUAAAGUUGGCAUUGUGCCUCCUAGAACAAAGUCCCCGACCGCAGAGUCCCACAGCCGCUCUGCUGCAGUGAGCUGGAGAGUUCCCAAUGGAAUAUCGAGGGUAUGUCAACCCAAACUUCUAAAGAAUAUCCAGAUUUCUGACUUAAAUACUGCAAGCACAGCCUGUGAAGAAAUGAAACCCUUCUCAGUGUGCACG